CCCAGAGCUGUCCACCUCCGCCACGUUUUCAGUUCUUAGACACUUCUUACGCCCUCCGCUCUCCCGGACCUUGUCCUCUUAUUCCCUCAUUAUCUUCAGUUGUCCCCUCACGUUCCGCACAUUUUGUUGUCGGGCGUAUACGCACACCGCAGCGCCACCGACGUAGGAUCAGGGGCGUGCCGAGAACAUUAUUUUCGCAAUUGGCAUCAUGAUUGAAACCUUCUAGACCGGCGAAGACACAAUGGAGGGACUUUUCACUCUGCUCGCCCUGAGCAUUGUGAUGGCAAUUACAUCUUUUGUCGUGGGCUCAUUACCACUUGCCUUCACACUCUCCCCUUCCCAGCUGAGGCUAAUAUCCUCCAUUGGUAUGGGAGUAUUGGUUGGAACAUCUUUGAUUGUCAUUAUUCCAGAAGGGGUGGAGACCCUGUACAGCGCGAGCUCGCCUGCCGUCCGCAAUGGUAUCAGCACCCGGUCGACAUCCACAGCCGUCAAUUGGCAAAUACAUAAAUCGCCGGCAGUCAAGGUCUACGAGCCGAGAGAUAUUUUGAGUUUUGAUGAUACAGUCGAGGCGCCUGCGCCGGACUUUGACAGCGUGCCAACUACACCUACGGUACAUGUCACCCGUGAUGAACAAACCCAGAUACAUGAACGGAAAGAAGAAACAUCAGGCGACACCGAACACAAAGCUCAUGAGGAGAAGAACUCGCCUCACGCAUGGAUUGGAAUUGCGCUGAUCAGUGGCUUCAUACUGAUGUACCUCAUUGACAAGCUCCCUGUUUUAGCAUCGCCGAGCAAACAGGAGAGAACCCCCUACCACAUAUCACUGGACAACCUGGGAUCGGGGUUGCGACGGAAUUCAUCCCCGUCGCGGGAAGGAGGUCUCCUGGAUGCUGGAAAUGUCCCCAAAAGUAGUCACAGCUUCGCCACGACUACCGGACUCGUCAUCCAUGCUGCCGCUGACGGAAUCGCCCUGGGUGCAUCCAGUUCCGACUCCGGGCUCAGCUUUAUCAUAUUCCUUGCGAUCAUGGUACAUAAGGCUCCGGCUUCUUUCGGUCUCACUUCUGUGCUGCUUAAGCAGGGACUUUCUAGCCGCACCGCUAGAGCGCAUUUGUUGGUUUUUAGUUUGGCAGCCCCCUUGGGAGCCCUGAUGACUUUCUUAUUUGUGCAAGUCAUGGGCUCGGGCUCUAGCGGCGACGAAAUGAGUACGCGUUGGAGAACAGGUGUACUGCUGUUGUUCUCUGCUGGCACCUUCUUAUAUGUCGCCAUGCAUACGAUGCAAGAAAACAGUCCCAACACCUCACGUGAAUCUCCCGCCAACGGGUAUGGUGAUCCUCGGGAUCUCCCAGCGAAGCACGACAAGUCUAUGAGAGAUCUUAUCGCUUCUGUCGUCGGCAUGAUCUUGCCAUUGUUCCUGCAAUUAGGUCAUGCUCACUAGUCUCAAAGGCCGUAAAGAGGCGAUUCAUUCGGCGCGAUGUAGACUAAUCUUAUAUUGGAUUCUUAUCCUUGUUCGACUCCAUCGAUUUACGAGUGCAUAAUCAGCGAAGGACGUCGCUGCAAAAACAACUCUUCCACAUCCAUUGCUCUUGGGGGAACUGUCUUGUCAUUAUACAUUACACCGGUACUAGGAUUGAUAUCCUUUGUUUGACACUAUAAGUUGCUUGUGAUAUAAACCUUGGUAUAGAAACGGUGCUGCGGUUUUCUGUUUCUUAUCUUUACUACGCAUGGAAGGGAGGGGGGUGCUUCACUUUGUAUAGAUAAUUUCCGUAACAAGUUCAAGUUGUUGUU